CGGGCAUGAUUAUUGCUCCAUGGUAUUCUUGCGCCGCUGUGGCUUGUUGUCUUUAAUCAUGCUUGCGCGAGCAACUCUAUUAUAACCUUGACUGAUUCCCUCCAAUUCUCACCUCCUUCUUUUUCCUAUCUUGUUUUCCCAUCGUGGUGCCAUCCCGUAUUGAAUUUCCAGGUGUCAUCUAGUAUACGCACUGGCCCCAAUACAUACCUCGAUCUGCAUAUGCCUAUCACCUGGACGUGAAGGCUCCCUCACUUGACCUAAUAUCAAUCUUAACGCCCUGGCUGCAGGAAUCAUGUCUGUCAAUACUUCCGACAAUGGCGUUGGAAAACCACGCCUCCAUACUGCCCGCUCAUUCCCUCGAAUGGAUUCAUCCGACCCCGGUCCCUUCAUCCGCUCCAGAGCCAAGACGGUUCAGUCAGUUGCAAUUCCAGAACUGGUAGACUCGGAAUCACUUCCUUUGCCUAUGUCUUCAACAGAGCUUGAGCAGGACGCCGGCCCGGACCUGUUUGAAAAGACCGGCUCUCCGGACUUGAUACACGAUGACGACGGUGUAGGGGACGACACUUCUGUACUCUCGCGGGGCAUGCAGAACCACUCCGAAGAGCUUCCCAUCGAGCUUAUCAGUCUUACUGACAGGUUCGUCAACUCCCUUACUGCAAAAGUACACUCGUCCCCACCGACGGCCGACAGAGUAUCGGAUCGCUUCCAAGAAUUCUACGAACGGGCGGAAGCGCAUAUCGCUACACAUAUCUCUGCUCUCGCAUCGCGGAUCAAUCGUGACCCUUCGCCGUACGGUAGCGCUCGAGGGAAAUCGAAUACACCAGGCUCGGACGGCCGACAGAUGUUGACUGCCUCAGAAGUAACGGAAAAGAGGAUCGCUCGGAAGCAUUUAGCGUCUAAGCGCAUCGCUUUAGAAGAGGCUGUAGAGCGGAGGGCUUGUGAGAGCAUCUAUGACAAAUUGUGGCGGCAUAAAAGCACCUUGGAUGAAAUCAGGGACGAAAAGUUGCGCUCAAAGACGGCAGCGCUUCUUCUGGUUGGCAUAAACCUGAAAGAUCUUGGGAUAGAGCUCGAUGCAAGCUCUAUCAGUGAAGAGAAGCAGAAAGAGGCCGAUGAAGGUCUUUCUAUUGCCCGUGAUUGCCUGGCAAACAUGAACGAUGAGAAAUAUCCCCUGGGCAAGCUUCAACAACUGGCCGCCGCCCACAAGGCCAUAGUGGAUGCUCUGACCAAGUUGUUGCCGUCUUCAUCAUCUGCCGAUGAGAUUCUUCCCACCCUGAUCUACUGUCUCAUAACCAGUCCUCCCGAAGGAAUAAACAUCAUAAGCAAUCUUCUCUUCAUACAGCGAUUCAGAUCAUCCAGUAAGAUGGAUGGUGAGACCGCAUACUGUUUGACAAACCUCGAGGCCGCUAUUAGCUUCCUCGAGAAUGUCGACCUUUCUGACCUCCGCGGAGGAGCGCUGCACGAAGACCAGACAAAGUCCUCGACUGACGAGCCUACGACCAUCGCAAAGACCGACUCCCCUCAGUCCACUAAUAAAGAUACACCGGUGUCAUCGGUCGCAUCGGUGACAGCCUCGCCCGAACUGUCGAGGCCAGCUGGACCGGGAGCUUCUGCCACAUUUCCCAGAACACAGUCAUCUAGAAAUCCCCAACAAGGCCGCCUGAACAACCUAUUCCAGCCGCCUGCGAAGGUACUUGGUGCCGCGAACGACGCCGUCCGUAACACCGCGGAUCAGAGCUUGAAAAAUAUAGGUGCAUCAUUGGACAGCAGUUUCAACUUUCUUUUUGGUCGUUUGAAAGAAAUACAAACCCAUCAAUUCGCUGCCAAAGAUGGUGGCAGCCCGGUCGUACCCAAAACACUGGCAGAGGCCCGACGUCUGGUCACGUCGCCGAUAGCCUCUGAGAGUAGUUUUGACCCUGACGCCAAUUCGUCGCGGGAACCUCGUGUUACCGAUCGACCGCAGUUGCGGCGCAUCGGCUCUAAAGCAGAAGAUACUCUCUUAGGAUUGGUUGGUGGUCAAAGGACGCCUCGUGAUCGAAGCGCGGACAGCGUUCGUACUCAGGGUAGUACCCGGAAAACAACCAUCUCUUCAGGCUUGCAGAGGGAGGAGUCCCAAGCAUCACCCACAAACUCUUCGACGACCCCGACACCUACACCCCUGGAAUCAAUGCGAAGCUUCGGAAACACCCUCAAUCCACUUAAUCAUAUCCCCGGCAUGAUCAGAAGCUUCAGCCGCGGCGCACCCGACACACCCAGCGCCUCAUUCUCAUCUCCCAACACCCCCACCGAGAGAAUUCGGCAAUCCAUCGUCUCCCGCGACUCUGCGUCGUCCAUCCACAGUAUUUCGUCAUCCAAAGCUGAUACGAAGCCCACUGAACCCAAGGUCGACCCCCCUAUCCAGCGUUUCCUCCAAAUGCAAAACGCCAGCGAAAUGACCAUCGCAGACGUGUCCACCCUCCUGGAGGAUUACAAGCGGCUUGCCGCAGCAUUGUCGAAGCAGCCCUCGAACUGAGGUAAUACUGUCGGCGUCGCCCCGGCAUUCGUUCGUUUCCCAUCUCUUUCUUUCCUACAUAGUGUAUCAUUUUGUUCCCAUGGCGUGGGACGUAGCGACCUUUACUCUCUUUUACCAUUUGUUCUCAUUAUAAGAUUGUGGAUCACUGCUGGUGUUCAGUGCUCCAAAACCAAGCAUCCUGCAUUUCCAGCCAUUUGGGCAUAUGAGGCUCUUUCUAGCAUUUUCUAG